CUCUCUCUCUCUCUCUCUCUCUCUCUUUCUGACUACAACAACAACACCAACACACACCCACAAAAGAGUAUAAUCCUCAAAGAGACCAAACCCAGAAAAAUUCACCCAUCUCUCUCUCUCUCUCUCUCUCUCUCUCUCUCUGGAGCUCUGUCAAUGGCGAGAGGAACAUCGCAGGAGUUCUCCUCCAAGAGACACCAUAGCUUCCACUGGACUCGAAAAGUUGGCUCAGACGAAAACGACGACGUUUCCUCCCCACCCGACCACCACCGCCCUAAACCCGCUCCCAAACACACCUCCUCCUCCUCCGCCGUAACUCCCAAGAGGAAACUCCAAUCCGUCGCCGUUUCUCGUCUCCGCUCCGUCAUCGCCUCCCUCUCCCGGACCCGACCCGGAUCCCAAUCCGGGCUUGGUUCCCGGGUCGUGGGCACCCUCUUCGGAUCCCGACGCGGGCACGUCCACUUCGCCAUCCAGAAGGACUCGACCUCUCCUCCGGCGUUCCUCGUCGAGCUCGCCACUCCGAUCAGCGGGCUGGUGAAGGAAAUGGCCUCGGGGCUCGUCAGAAUCGCACUGGAGUGCAGCAAGCCGAACGAAGUAGACGCCGGAGGAGGAGCUGAAAAGACGAGAUUGCCCUCGCGGCGGCUCGUGGAGGAGCCGCUGUGGAGAACGUACUGCAACGGGAAGAAGAGCGGGUUCGCCACGAGGAGGGAAUGCGGCGAGAAGGAGACGAAGGUCUUGAAGGCCCUCGAGAUGAUCUCCAUGGGCGCCGGAGUACUUCCGGAGCCGGGGGAUUCCGCCGGCGGAGGAGGGGAAGUGGGUUCCGGCGCCGGCGAUGUGAUGUACAUGAGGGCAAAGUUCGAGAGAAUCGUGGGUUCGAGAGAUUCCGAAGCUUUCUACAUGAUGAAUCCUGACAGCAAUGGAGCACCUGAGCUCAGUAUCUAUCUACUCAGAAUCUGACGACGAAGACGACGAACAAAGCCUCUGAGCGAGGUAGAAGGUUCCGGGUUUUAAUUAGUCAACAGUUUCGGGGAUUUGUAGGGGCAAUUAUGUCUAAAUGCCUUAAUGCAGAAAAUGGAAGCCUCCAAAAUCCUAUCUUUUUAUACACGUGGAUUUGUAUUCGGUUAAACCAUAAUUAUCGAAAUGAUUGUAUUGGAUCGAACCAAAAUGUUAGAGAUUUCAAGAGAUAUAGAAAAAAGAUGGGUUAGGAGGUUUAAUUAA